AUUUACCUAUCUUUUUUAACACAUUUUCUCAUAAUGGUGUCUACAGCAUUGACGACCGCUCUGUUGCUCGCGCUGCUGUGCGACCAACACACGCUUAGUGGUCGUCACUAAUUCCAGAUAUCUUUAAAUCUUGAAUAGCAAAAUAGAGCUUGCCCCACUGUAAAGCAGUCCAGCUGCUACACCCACUUCAUUAGCUUAAUUCCUGUUCUUCUACUGUAAUACAUCCGUGACUCGAUAGACAGAGCUCUGCUCAGCUGUCACACCCGUUCGGUUCCUCUACUACUCCUACAUCUGAUCUAUCUCUCGCUCGCCAGCCUACGUGUCCCUUUCCUUCUAGUGCUCUGUUUGCACACUCGUAUCCGCACGUAUACGCCCCUCAGCUGGUGGGCCUCUGCUGUCCUUGCAGUUGAACUGAAGAGGGCAGGAGGCCCCGUUUCCGCUCGCGCGCCUUCCCUCCCCCUUUUCCCUUACCCACUUUUCUCUUUUCGUUUCUCCGCCGCUGUUAACAGCUACCGUUGUUGGCGGAUGUUCGUACCAUUACAACCACAAGGUCCUGUUCUCCUCUCCCCUUCUCCGCGCGCGCGCGGGUGCGUUAGCUGCUGCUGCUUUGUCUUCCCAGUAUCGUUGACAUCGGACUUACGACGGUGGCGCCCUCUCCACCGCCACUACCAUCUGAUCGCGCACGCUGGCUCAGCUUGCGCUUGUGACCACUGAUACGCCUACGGAAGCCGUCUCUAUAACUGAAUUCUGCAAGAAGCUUUGCAGCUGGUGGUAAUAGCGGUAGCGAUGCUGCCGCUACUACCGUCGUUGACUUUGGCAAAAAAACACUGCGGAAUCAUCAGGAGUAGUUCGCAGUGCUUUGAUUGGCUUUAGAACAACCAAGGAAAGACAGCAGCAGCAGCAAUGGCUGGAGCUAUGGAGGCGUACACACGAUAAACCAGAGUAAAAGUGGACGGUUACUCAAAUGCUGCGUUUAUGGCUGCGAUGUUUCGUUCUUCUUCUUCUUCUUCUUCUUCUUCUGCUGCUGCUGCUGCUGCUGCUGUAAAGAUCGAUUUGACCAAACAAUUGUUGACUAGAAAAUAGUCGACUGAUGGGUAACGUCUAGCGAGAGGUGGCUGGAUCUGAUCCCGUUCGUUAUACUUGACCUUUUUGUAAGGUAGUACAAUGGAGUCGCUAAGUAAGAUGCUGUUAUAAUUGGUUCGGUUAUUCGGUACCAUCAUUAGCGCCACCUGCUAACCCGUACGAGCCUCAGCUAACUGGUCCUCAGCUCGAACGAACUAUACCAAGAACAUUGCCAGCACACUCCGUGCGCCCGUGUCUUUUCGUUACUGGUUAUCAUUACACCGAAAAGUAGCAACAGCGGCAAGCAAAAGCUCACCUGGUCCUUGUUGACUGUUCAGUGCAAUACCGAGUACCUGAGUAUUCGAGAUGCUGUACAGCUGCUACGACGACCUCAACUGCGAAUGAUCUGACAUUCUAUUCCACGUCCCCACUUACCCGCUAGUUGAGCUUGCACACAGUUUCACAAAAGUGUUAAUUUGACGUUUCGGCUCCUGACUGCGCGUUACGACUAUCCAAUGUGAACUUGGAUUUUCUUUCCCCUUAAUCGUGCGCAUGCGUCCGUAUCACAGCCCAUCGCGUUGAACGACCGUCCACUGAUUGCUAACGUCUGUUUCUUAUCUCUUAGCUGCGUCGCCCGUGAUUGUGGCCCACGUCGUGUUACCGUUUCAAUUUCCAUCUCUGUCGCCUUAGUUCGAAAGGGUUUCCCGCCUCGCCAACUGUUGUUACGGAUCGAGUUGCUACCUGUCGUGGCAAGCGCUACGAAACGGGCCCACUCGCCGAUUCAUCUUCCGUCGACACACAGCGGCUGAUGCUGCUCCUGUCCUACUCGCAUUAGACUGCUAAUAUCGAAUUGUCGUAUUAAUGGUGCUUUUGGCAGUGAAUGAUGGUGGUCAUGGUGGAAUGUGCUUGUUCUGCAGCUGCUGCUGCCGCCGCCGCCGCCGUCGCUGAUGUUACUGUCGUGCAAAUGCACGCGCUUGCCCAACGCUUGGCGCGGUGAGAGGGGACUUUGGCUAACGACUGCGUUUGCCUCCGGUGGCCGCAGCACAGUUGCUAUUGCCGCAAGUGACAGGGGCGCCGAAAGAACGUAGCUAACCAUUCCGUCAUCAAAUGACGAACAGAGCUAGAUUAACAAGCGUCUAAGCGACCAGGCAGCUGUCAAACGAUAGACAGUUUGUUAGAUAGCGCUGACGCUUCAGUGUCUACAAUCACAGCAGUGGCAACUACUUCACUAAUAACAGUGUUUCCUUUAAACCACACGAAAGGUAAUGAACACCAUACGGAUUACGGGACUAAUAGCAGAUAUCGCCGUUUGACGACAGUCGUGACGAGCAAACCCUUCUUCCUCGGCAACAAACGUUGUCGGAGUGAACGCGCAGUGUCUAUGACGAAUCACAGAGAUCGAAUAGAUUGACUGCUAAUCGUUCUAGAAGUAACAUCUCAGUAAACACCGGAAAGUCUGUUGGUUGUUACCAUCGGAUCAUAUGCGGUAACGAUGCAAGUUGAAGUGAGUGUCGUCGGUCCGCAACGUUGUGCUAGGGUAAAAUACGCGGAACGGUGUUUUUACUGCCUGAAACGCGCAGUAGAUGACCACGGGCAUUUUGCAUAGCGUGGCCUGUAGAAAUCGCCGAAACUGAAGCCGCAUGAAGACGAAAUGCGGUACUGUUUGUGUUGAUGGUCAAUUACCGAUAGCUGGCCCUCGUCGCGUUGACGGUCAGAGUGCAGCGGUGACCGUGUUCUAAGCCAGUUGACUAUUUAGACAGGCUGGUUAAUCCAGGUAGGUUCAGUCGAUUAGGUUACUGAUAUUGCUUGAGACGGGAUCGAAAACGACUAAGUAGAAACGGCAGCAAACGACUGCGGUGACGCCCAAUGACAACAGCUGCUAUAAGAAGCAACCAAGGAUGGCACAUAUCUUCCAGAUGAUUACGUUUCAUGUAAAUGCGUCAUGUAAAUGAUUGUGAAGUGUGUGAAUUAUCGGCGAUAAUAGGGCUCAAUAUAUUGAUAUAGUAGAAUAUCGGAGAAAAAACCUGUGGAAAAAAUGAAAGAGUUUAUUAGACCGAGUCUUCCCUGGUGUCGCUUUCAAUAUUCAAUCAAUAGAAGUUGAAUAAAACGAAUGGACCACAACGGUGAGACGAUCACACAACUACAGUGGAUACCAAUCACAGUGUGGAAUAAACAAUCAAAUCGCCAGUAAGAAACUGCUAGCCUAUUAUAGCAUUCGCGACGGCAAGAACAUAUGUGCAUGCUUUAUUCGUUGUUGGCAACACCAUACGAAAUACGUUGUCGAGGUGAUUUUUCGGGUUAAGGCGGCCAAUACUACAAAAAAAAAACCAAAAAACGACAAGUUCGCCCCCCUGAAAUAACAACGGUGACAGCAGCAGCGGCGACAAUCGAACAACAUUCAACCGACCUGAAGCCCAUAAUCUAGUACCAUUCCUGCCUACCUACUACGAUCUGAAUGAUGCAAGGUCAUCUGACUGUGUGACAUUGGCGAAACCUACAUGCAUGCUCAGAGACACCCAGCGACUCGGAGAGCUCAACCCUCAUAAUAUUUGCCAAGUUCUCCAAUCUCUUGCACCUUUCAUAGUGCAGUGCAGAUUCUAGUCAUCGGUCUAAUUGCGUUUUAUUGCCUCUCUUGUCAUAGUAUAACAGAACGCUUCGACAUCAUUUGUGGAAACAAAGAUAGAUCGAUGCUGGUGAGUUGAUUUUCUCGCUGGUCGCUGGUAGAACGAAGAUCUCGAGCUUUUAUCAGCGAAUACCCUGGAAUACUAGACGAGACUACCUAGGAUCAGCUUGAGAGGACAGGCUGCUUGUGUUUUCGUAUAAGUAAGCCAUCAUCGCCUUUUCGAGGACCGCUGUGAAGGCACGGUGUGCGCUUGCCUGAGACUCACAGCCGGUUUCACAACACUUACCUACAUAAAAUUGUGGAUAAGACAAUAAUAACAGUGGAAAGUGUGCCUGCCGACGAUGCUUCUCAUGGCUACGAACCUAUGACUGCUGAAAUUAAAGUCCGUUUGUGUUACACAGUCACAGCGGCAGGCUUUUCCCGUGCCUGAUGGUGGCCUGAGGAAGUGAUUGGUAAUUCGCUAAGACGUAACAGGAACUCCUACAUCAACCAAAUGAGAGCAGACCGCAGUAGUCAUUAUUGGCAUGCGUGCUUUGGUCCAAUAUUGGUGAAGCUGGUGAGUGGCAAUCUGGUGACCUUGAAAAGAAAUCUGUGCCGAAGUGAGUCAGUGAGCAGAUGCUCGGUUUCUUCUCCAUUUUGCUGAUCCUGUGGAUCCAAGAAGGUUUAUGCUACGUCCGCAGUAGUUGUAAGGAGAACUACGCCUUUUCCUACUAAUUUUCGUCGGCACGGCGGUCCGGCUGGGGCCUGCAACGUGUUGGUAUCUGAACGCUGCAGUCGGGUUUGCAGAAUGUUUUGAUCGCCCUUGAAACGCAUUGUUACUUAGGUGACGCUUUAAAGGCAAGCUGUUUGUUUACGCCGCGGACCAGGCGCGCUUACGUAACGGGCUAAUCAGUGGAAGCAGCCGCUGGUCCAGCCGUUGAUAAGUGCUAUAUCAUUUAAAUGGGUGAUAAUAAAAUAGCGGUAAACAGUGCGAAGAGGAACGGCCAGACGAGAAAAACACGAGAUUACUACAAUUUGUGGCCGUAGUUAGUCAAAAUUGGUAAAUAUCAUCAUUUCUAAGCAGAGACGCAAUAGCUUUCAGGCAACACAACAUUCGCGAAGAGAACUGCCUGGGAGGUCGGAUCACGAUUCAAUCAUCAUCUGCCAGUGCGCUCUCUCUAAGCUGAGACGAGAUCUCUAGCUCGACGGAUGAGCCGCUAACUGUAUUAGUAGUCCUGUUUGAGCAGCUACUGCAGACUGCUAGAACAAGGUCACCGCAACUGCCAUACCGAGUCGCAACGUACCUACAGCAGUACGUGGACUCGGAUACCGUAGCACUGCGUAUAUAUUACAGUAUUUCAUUUUUUGUUUACAUCGCAGAGGCGCCAGCGCAUUCGUCGUCGUGCAAACUCGUGUUCUUUUAUCGAAGACAUACCGCGUACUUUAUCGUCGCGUCGGCAACGCCCAUAAACCAGUGAAGUGCAAGGCCCGCUUGAAUAAGGAGCCCAUCACAGAAUCGAAAAUUUCGCACGAGAUCCUAAGGCCUUUUUCUGUUCGCCAGCUUGAUUCAACUGGAGUGUCAUCGGCCUCAAUCGGAUGCCACAGUUUUUUCGUUCGGUUCACGUACAAUAGUCAUUAGUUGUUAUCGUGACGAAACGGAGCUCCAAGGACAUAGCCCCCAGUGAUAUCGGCGCUGGGUCUACGUCAGCGGCGACUGGUAUUGCCUAACUAUUAUUGCCUAGAGUGAGAUCGAUGCAAUUUGCCUGUCCUUACGCUGCGGUUAUGCGUAGAACUAAUAGACGUCGCUAGAUAUCGUGACGAUACAGGCUACGAGCAGACUAUCGGUCUUGGUUGAGUGGGGGAGUUCGGCGGGGGAGUUGUUGGAGGGAUUGUCUUGGUUUACAAUUGUCGUUAUUGGCCUCGUCAUUGUGACUGUGGUCGCGCUCUCCAUACAUUCAACUCGUUGCCUCAGUGUCUCAUUUUCGAGUUAUCGAUGCUGAAUGGAAUUACCUACCCAUUAGUAUCUUUCUAUGUACCAUUUGUCCGGCAAACUCGUGCCAUUCGAAACUCAGCGGUGUUCCCGCUACGGCUGCCAGUCGCCAGGAUUGUUUCGGUCACGUAGUUCGUCGACAGUGUUGCUUUUACGGUCCUCGUAGAGUCUCGUAAACUACAUCUAUGAGCUGAGAACUAAUCGGAAUCCUAAUGUUAUAAUUAUUAUUAGGAAAAAUUGUUAUUAUUAUACUGAUAAGGAAAGUAUCAGUAAUACGCACGUGUGUUCACUGAAAGGCGUGUUUUUGUGUGCGGUGCAGUGAAAAGGUGUAGCAGGUAACAUUCGAAUGAGACGGCGGUGUAGUUUGCGUUUACACAACUGUCGUUCGUGCACAGCCCUCUUAUUUAAUCUGUGCAAUAAUACAAUUUUGCGUUAUCAAUCUCCAAUGGAUACACGCGCAGUCGUCUAGGAGUCCAACCAAAGAUGCGUCGUAGCGACUUGAGGAGGCUGCGCGCAUGGUGAGAUGGAUAGCGCGGCAGGCUUUCGGGAUCCUUCCUGUUGUUGAAUUGAACUCCCAUGUUGUCCGAUGUCGCUCGUCCACCUUUCUUCCUGAGAGCCACCGCGCCUCCGCAAUAAUAGUAGCAACAGCCACAUAUAGAAACAACGAGAGUGACAACUGAAGUCAAGUCGAAGACGGCCAUGUAGUUAGCCUCUUUCCUCGUAAUUGAAGUCGCCAAGCUUACCAGUCGAAACGGAGUCGCAUAUUACCGUCAUACUAAAUCGUAAACCGUCUAUCGUAUUGCUACGUUAUCCUGUUGUACGAUACAACGUCAAGACGGUAAUAUCGAUCGGUUGUUGGUUCAUAGUCCGUUGAUACUAUCGCUUGCAUCGUUGAACCAUACUUUUUUCGAGUAACUCGUGUUGUUCGUCUGAUACCCAGUCCCUAAUCCGGUAUUAUUGUACCUAUUGCUACGACAGCAGUGGUACCCCUAACAACAAGUGCACUUCAGUCAAUCUACGUCGACGCUGCCGAUACUUACUACCACUGAAAGUGCCGCUGGAUAAUUAAGCUCGAAGCCGCCAAGAUGUACGACUCACCAUUGUCCCUGCAAAGGAACUGUAUCGACUUUAUCGCCAGCAACCUAACGGCGGUAUGUCGGGUCGAGCCACCCACACCCCCGGACCAAAGCCCGGGCUCCACCGGGGCAACAGAUCUUCAGCGCUAUGUAUUCAAAGAUUCGGAUGUCUUCUUCCAUCAGGGCUUAUCACAGAGCUUACUCGAGACAAUCUCGGAACAGGGUCGCCUCACCGAUAACGUUAUGGCCCUAUUUGAGGCCCGUUCGACUCGUCUGGAGCGGGUUACAAUCAAAAACGCUGCUCACGUUUCGACCCGGGGACUUCGCGUACUCAAAGCACACAAGAUACACGAGCUUGAAGCUGUCGGUUUAUGUCGGGUGACGGUCAACGAUUUGAUCGCUUGUCUGGGCGAGUGGACGAUGGACAAUUUGCGCUCAUUGAACGUGGCUGAAUCGACAUUUAUAUCAGCCUGUGCACGACGCGAGUUCCCACAUAACAUGCCAGUCAUUAUCUCGCUAUCCAAACUGCGUAAUCUUCGAGUGUUGAAUGUAUCGUUUACGGAAUUUGACACCCAUUCCUUAGAGAUUGUCUCCCAGGAUUUGCCCCAUCUGUGCGUGCUCGACAUCUCACAGACCAAAGUGAACGAUGUCUCUUCGUUGAGAAAAUGCGCCAGUCGACUUAUAUCCUUGAAUCUAUACAAUCUCCGUCAGUUGGACAUGUGUGCGCUAGCAACGACGCUUCAACUAGCGACGAAGCUUCGCUUCCUUGAUGUCUCCUGUGAUCGCGAUUCGGGCCAGUACACGACGCAGGAAACACACACGACGCUACAUUCGGUUAAGCCACUUCUGGAGAAGUAUGAAAGUCUUCCGCAGCUAAGGGUGUUCGACAUAUCAGGACGUGAAGGCAUCGAUAUAUCUGAUUUAAGGGCAUUCAUUCACACGCACCCCCUACUGACGUUUCUCGGUUUGGCCGAAACAGAAGUGUGCUUUGACCCAAUGUUCACGGCGAAUAGCCCUGGUGCCCUUUGCAUAGCGGUGUCAGGCUGCGGCAGCGAACCCCAGGUACUGGAAUCGUUACGGCGAUACUCAGAGCGACGGUUCUUCGUACAGAAAUCGCUCUAUCACCUUUAUGGCUACACGCAGAACAUGACGGAGCCACGAGUGGACAUUAUCGAAUUAAUCUUGCCUGGCAUGCACAAACAUUCUCGGGUGCUUGGCAUCCAGAUGGCAGCUACGGCUUGUCUAUAUAAUUUAUCAAGAGGUCUACUCGGACAGAAGAUCCAUCCGAUUUGGUUGAAGAAGAUUGUGGAAUUAACCUUGACAGCAAUGGAGACUUUUCCCAAACAUCAGCAACUACAGAAAAACACUCUAUUGACGUUAUGCUCAGAUCGGAUCUUGCAAGACGUGUCCUUCGAUCGUUACCAUUGUGCGAAGUUGGUAAUGGACUCGCUGGUAUUUUUUGACGAUCCCGCUAUGAACCGCAUGUCCGUGGCCAUUUGUUCGAUUCUUGCCGCCAAGAUCUCCACGUGCGAGACUUCAUCCCUAGGCGCAGAGCCGAUGUAUAUGAAGCGACUGCUACGAAUCGUCAAGGCCAAGAUAACGGAAGGUGCGGUAGAUAUUAUGAUGAAGUUUACGCUGUCGGCUUUAUGGAAUCUGACUGAUGAAUCUCCGAAGACCUGUUCCGUGUUUCUUUCGCUAGGCGGAAUGGAUCUGUUCAUGAAAGUGCUCGCCAAGUUCCAUGACGACGGUUCGGUGGAAACCAAAGUUUUGGGACUUCUGAAUAAUAUUGCGGAAGUGGCAGCGCUUCGUGGCGACCUCAUGAAGGACGAGUUCCUCUUCGUGCUCAGACAACUUCUUCAUUCGCAGCAUAUCGAUGUGUCGUACUUCGCCGCCGGGAUUGUAGCUCAUCUGGCCAGCGACGGAGAGCAGGCAUGGCGAUUCAACACCUGCUCUUACCUUGAUAUGGUUCAUGAACUGGGCGAAGCAGUGCUUAGCUGGAAAAGUCCUGAAACGGAAAUGGUUGCCUACCGAUCGUUCAACCCAUUUUUCCCCCUACUCGAAGCACACAUUUCACCUCAAGUCCAACUCUGGGCCGUUUGGGCAAUUCAUCACGUCUGUUCUAAAAACCCGAAACGUUAUUGUGCAAUGUUAAUCGAGGAACAAGGAAUCGGUCUUCUGGAGAGGCUCCUUCUGAGCUCGCAAGACGGCACCGUGCGUGGCAUAUGCUCACAGAUCCUCGCCAUCGUCGAGCAGGAUGCCGCAGCCAAUUGUCACGAUAAGCAGCAACAGCAACAGCAGCAGGUGAUCGUCUAGAGAGCAGACGACUUAGCAGACGACAAGUACGCUAGGCGCUAAUCAACUACUACUACUACAACGUCAACUAUAAUAACGGCGGAACGAUAAUAACCGCGAUAUCACGUCAACAUGCACGACAUAUACCGAGAAUGGCUGUAUAGAACUUCGUUACUGAGCCCCAGUGGAUCUAAUUAAACGUUACGCGUCUACUAUAACUUUAGCCCGCCCUUACUGCCGCUUCAACCGUAUUGGUUGCCAUGGUACCAUCAGAUUGUCAGAACGUUGGCAGGGGUCAUUUAGGUGUCUUUGACAGAUUGGCGACAAGAGACAUGUGUUUAUGUAGAUAGCGAGUAUGAAUGCGGGUAAUAACUUCCGACAAUUUCCCGUCCUUAGCAGUCGCUCAGUGAAGUGUGAUCCGCCUGUUGGGUCUGGACGAGGCCGACUCGAGAAGUUAGGAUUUGGCUUAGGGGGAAACGCACACAUUUAUUAGACUACCAAAUACACCAAAACUAUCCUAACAAUCAAAUAACACCUUAAAUGGGCCUCAAACGCAGCCCACAAUUGGGAACCAUAGUUGCCCAAUAUUACUUUAAUGUGUGCACGGGAUUUUGACGUCUUCUUUAUCGUCCGGGUGGGCUUCUGGCUAGAAGGACACCAUCUGUACCCGAAGGAUCCAUAUAGCAUAUAGUCAUUACGGGACUCGAGGAUUACUUUAUUUUAAAGUGGAAAAGCAAUACAUCAUCCAGAUAUACGAUGAGUGUUUCUUAAAAUCUGUACGACGAGGCUCAUACCAUUUUGUACACAUUAGUAUCAGUGUCUUGCGACGAAGCGUCUUGAUGGUUGGCCUUCUGAACGCGUCCUUGUCCUACUCCGUCAUGGCAACGUAGUAGUAAAUAUGGAAGAAGAUAAGGCAGCCCUUAGGGUUAGUCGUACAUUGGGCUGGUAACUGAUGAUCAUAAGUGACCAACUUCUGCUACCCAUCUGUGUAGGGUCAAGAUCUUGUUUCUACUAAGUAACGACGACGAGAUUAACCACGAACCAUCGCGAUGGAGCUCCACUAUUUUAUUAUAGAUAGAAUCGAACAACAACAAACAAAGUCGAUGAUGGUAUAGGUGGCACAAGUCGGGCAAACUGUCGCCCACUGGUGCUUUCAAUCAGGGACAACACCUAGGUUGUCUGCUGGGCUUGGCGUGCUGAAAUGCUGACUCUGUUUGACGUCGCGAUAGCGUAGUAAUGCAAUCAAGGUCGGAAGAACUCAACUCGGUUGACAACAACAUGUGCUGAAAACCCUAGACACAUGGUGAGAGAUCCCAAGACGUAGAGGAAGGAACUUCAUUAAAGGAACAACGGACAGCGUUCAGAUCACAGAGAAAAAGAUUUCGGACAAGAUUUGCCAUAUUGAUACCUAAUAUAUGCCUAAUAUAGUAACAGGGAUUCUGUGCACGGGGAAGCCAGUAAUAACAAACGUAGUUUCAUCGUACGUACCACCAAACGCCGAUUAGACUCUCACAUUCAGUCUUAUAUUUCGGUCCCUAUGUUACAAUAACGUCUGCAGACACUAACAAAGACAACAACAAAUAAACAAGCAGCAAUAACCAGCAAACAGCAACAACAACCUCUGUGAAUGUAACUUGGACCUGUUAGUCGACUAUUAAUAGAAUUGGAAACUCGCCUGUGUAUAGUGUAAGAAAAAGUGACAGUAAAAAGCUGAGUCUAUGCGUAUGCGUGUGUGUACUAGAAGACUCUCCGUGUGAAUUCCCACAGUAUAUCUAUAUAUGGUUGCAACAACGAUUCUAUCCGGAAAGAUACGCCGGACGACAAAAGAAGGACGUUAUGUACAACGUAGUAGACUAUCCACGCACGACAGAAGAUAGCAAAAAUGUCAGUCUUUCCUCACACUGAAGUGUGCAGGUAACGCAUUAUAUUGGAGUUUGUUGACUCUCGAAUGAAGGGGAGCUCUCCACAGACGUAAAAAUAAUCGAGAAAAACGACUGAAUGUAAUUUUGUUCGAACAGUGCCCGAAUGUCUCGAGUACGAGGCAAUUAUUAUGUCUAUUGAUUGUCGCAAUAUAUUAAUGACAAUAAUUACGUAAUGUAUAGAGAUAACCCAUAUAUAUAUAUAUAUAUAUAUAUGGGUUAUCGCGAAAUAUUAUGAGAAGCAUAGUCAAUAAUAUUACACGUUUGCGAACUCGGAAGAAAACGCCGUGGGGUAUGUAAAAUGGAUGUUAUUGUAUGUUAAAUGUUGUCUUCGAAGUAGAAUUGUAGCAGCAGAGCUUACUAAACAGGUCGGACGCAAACAGCCAAUAUCCCCAGUAUCGAUUGACACACAUUUAUAUACAAAUAGGCGUGUGCAUGUGUUCGGGGAGACUGGCGCCCACUCUCUGACACAAGCGAAAAGUUCGCGCUCGAAUGAGUGCAAUAAAAGUUGCUUCAGUGAAUCUAAAUGAAUCCGAAAUUUAGAAAACCGGUUGUAUGGUGAUAGAGACUUGUGAUAUUCUUUGUCCAAUAUAGAAAUCUAGCGAACAUAGCAGACGACUGACUAGGUCAAUAAUAUCCUUAUUGGCCGAAAUCAUAAAUACUAUAUAUACACAUUAGCACUAUUUAUUAUACCAUUUUAUUGAAAUUGUGUAAUUGAGCUGUGGUAACACUAGUAGUUAGUUAGUUAGUUAUUAUUAUGAUAAUUAUUGUCAUUCAAUUAUUCAGUUGCUAAUCAGCUGGAUAGAAGCAUAAUAAACGGAUACGACUUUAAAUGAUACGAACCAAUGCUGCGUCGCCGACAAUUAAGCCAUAAAUUCAUUUUUACUGCUAAUUAUUGAGCCCUUAUACUGUGUCGACUAACUUUUGAAUAACAUAGAUGAUAUUAUCGCAAUAUGAUAUUUGUUAGUAGUUAAUAUGAUUAUAAUUGCUAUAGCAAAAAAAAACACACACACACACAUUUCUUUUUAUGAUUAUAGUCAUCAUCAUCAGAUUAUUAUUUUUAUUACUGUUGAGCGAAUUGACUAGUUCGGACGCAAGGGAACUUCGCCUCAGCGCCCACGAAGUUUUUUUCGCAAAAACGACCCGUAAUGGCAUUGAUAGGGGUACGUCAAAUAAGACCCGAGCCCCCCUGUUUUGGCGGACGCGUAUAUAUUUUGUUUCAAAGCAUCCAUUCAUCCAUUAAUGAUGUGUUGAUCUUUGCUGUAUGGUGAGCCUUAAUUGCUAGAAGCAGAUUAUUAUUACCACUUUGCUAUUAUAACUAUCGUCAUAACUAUUACGAUGAUGACAUGUGAUUAUGAUGAAAUGUUGAUAUUAGGAAGUGCAUGUUGUUGACGACCUGAUAACAAUGACAAUGAAUACACUAUUGAUAAUAAUUAUGAUUGUAAUAACAACCGAAGCGAAGAUACUUUUACUUGAGUGUGCGUGUGGUAAACAUGAUAUAUAUAUAUCGUGUGCCUGUUUCAUUAUGUAAAUGUGUCGUGUGUAUUUGGCGCACAUGUGGUGCGGCGGAUGCAAUUGUGAAAGCGACAAGCUUGAUACACGGGUAAAAAUGGAAGAAGAGAUAUAUAUCAAUCUACACUCAGAUAUAUAUAUAUAUUGCUAAGUGUUCAGUUGGCUAGAGAAAAUCAGAAACAGGGGAGCAAGCUUGAGUGCUAGCCCGAUACCCGCACAAUGCAGCAGGAAAAACAACUCAUAGCAGUAAAAUUUGUCUGAUUAUAACGGACGCACAGACACGAUCACGCAGAGUCGUAGUAUUCAGGUCUAUGACUAAUUACAAAAAUAUUUUCAUUAAACUAUAAUAAAAAUGGUACGAACUCACGCUUCUCAAGCACGCCCAAUGUAGCAUUAUUGACGGCGCAGCGAAAAAUGGUGGCUCGGUUGAAACAAGCCACUUCGUAACGUUGAUAAAUCAAAUGCUGUGUUUGUGUGUGUAUAUAUUGUUGUAAGUUUAGGAAAAAGAAACUAGCAAGAUCACUAUGACGACCGCGCAUAUAUGUAGAGGAGCAGGGUGAACGCAGCGAAAUGUUGAUGGAUUUAGUAUAAUAUCGACUCGUUAAAGGGAAGAUGUCAGGUUAUCAUGUUGCUUAAAUCAGUAACGUAGUACAGAGUAUCAGUUAAGUGAAACAACAGCGAGAGCAUUAGAUAGCAACAAAAACAACGCCAAUAAUACAAAAAAAAAAAUAUAGAACAAACCAGUAAACAUAACAGGCCAUACUUCUCAAAGAAUCGUCUCCUUAUACACGUUCUCAAUCGAGUGGGUCAUAGUUUGACGCGGAGACGAAAAUCGAAUCGGAUAACUGCUUUGAGCUCAAGUGAUUUAACUUGUGACAUCCUGACUGACUCGUUGCUUUGUCCUUUAUUCACCUGAAGCAAUUGAUUAUCGUUCGUUCAUGCAGGCAGAUAUAUAAACACCUCAGACACGCUCUCACGUUUUCAGAAAAAGAAACGCUGUUCUAGUCGUCGGCGUGCCGCAAGCCUCAUGGUCGCGUAUGGAUAUCUAUAUAAACAGACCACGACAACAGCAGCACGCCACCUGUUGUUGGAACACACCUGUUAAUCAUUGAUGUAGAGUACUCGUUGUCGGCUUAUGUUAUAUAAAUAUUAUUUAAUUAUUUUUACGAUUAAUUACACGUUUAGUUUUUUAUCGUUGUUGGUUGCAGUGACUAGUACGCCGUUGUGAUGCGUCUUUGUACUCACUGUGACAGUUCGGAGGCGAACUUAGAAAGCGUUAUGAUACUCGUCUCGAAUAGAGUUUUGUAAAUAGAUCUUAACAACAGCUAUUCAUGGAGACCCCCCAAAAAACUGAAAAAGACUUGAAUCCGUUUGUGAGAACGCCAAUAGGUAAUUUUUGUCGAUUUGUCGGGUCUAAUGGACAAUUUUUACUGGAAUUCAGGUAAUACUAAUUAAUUGAUAAUCAACAGAGCCGCGUCUUGCGUAACAAACGUUUUUUAAUAUACGAGUAUAUAAAUGAGGCAGAAAUAUAUAGUAACAGCUUUCGGUUAAGAUUAAAUCUUGGGUGUGUCUCCAUCGAAAAAUCGAGUCGGUGGUCGGCAAAGGAACGAUAAUGCCAGGUAAAAACUACCAAAGUGAUCAUAUCUCUACCGUUGAAUUAUGUCCUCCAUUUACAAUUACAAGUUGACCAAUACUGCCAGUGUCAUAACUGUUGUCAACUAUUACGUGUAUCAGUUCUGCAUCAAUAUAGGUUACUACUGGGUAAUUGAUGGCUGUCGACAAAAAGAAUAGAGCAUUGUUCUUUGCAAUACUGCCGUUCGGUUAGUGAGUCCGGACGAAGCUGGGGGUGGUAGCGGCCCUCACGUCAAUGGGCAUCAUUCGGGUGAAUUAGAAAAAUGAGUGAUAGUUGGACUAACUAACAGGAGAACAGUUUCAGCGAAGAGACGAGCUUAGCUUAGCCCGCAAUGCUCAAACUCGCUCUAGUGCCCUGUUGGCUCUUACAAUGAGUGUACUACGUUCUGGUAAAACUGUACAAAUAUCAUAGUUGCUUACCGAACCAAAACAGGAUUGUUGUUAAUAUUAAUGAGUCACUUGUACUUAAUGGCAACAUUCAAGCAAACGGCUAUUUGUACAGUUGGCAGCACUCAUCAAUCAAUUAAUAAUCACAUUGGCCAUAAUUGGUAUUGCAAUAGCUGCAAUUCUGCUGCCAGAGUCAGUUGGCCCUAGCGUUUGCGUUAACAACGAUUUUGUUCUAUGCGAUUAUACGUCUGUGUGAGAAUAGUUCCUAAACGAUGCGACCGCACUGAUUUUAACUGCUCAUUUACUGUAGUUAGAGAACGGCGGAACGUGACGACGCAUCGAUCAAUAGUUCUUUUCCCGCGUAUUUUUCUUUUCCCCCCCAACUACCAUCACAAUUUCGCCCGUAACGUUAUGUACGUAACGUUGACGUCUGCCACUCUGGAACAACUAUAGACAAUCGCAAACGAACUCGAACAGCAGGAGACACUUGGCCUGGACACACGCGUAAGUUCGGCGCCGUCUUCAAAUAGAUGUCUACUGGAGUGAUUCUGCGUUCCGGCUAUUCGUAACUAAUGGAAAUUAGGUUAGUUCCACUCUGGCAAAAGGACGACGGCUUGAAGGCUCGAGGUUUGUUUGAAGUUCUUCGAUGAGCCCCAUCUUCCUCUUCGGCCACUAUGGAUGACGGCCAUAUGUUACCAUCGCCGAAUGGCAUCUCUUUCUUUGAGAAAUCGCUACCUAGCUAUCUUCUUCUACCGGUAGUUGCUGUUAGCAAAGAUGAAACGUUCUGCUUAACUAAAAUUAUUAGACGGAAAAAAAAAGUGAAAAGCGUGAUGACGCCUGAAAAAGAAACGACAUUUUCAAUUAAUGCAUGUCCUCCUGCGACACAAAACCUAGAUGUGAUAAGUGAAAAUGUGUAGGCGUGUAUUUUCGUAUGAUAUGCUUAUAUAGAAAUGGAAGAAUAGCCAGGUUUCCUUUGUCCCAUUUCUUGUCCUCGUCGGACUUGCUUAGUGAUUGACCGAAGAACCACUGAUUGAUCGCUGAUAUUCAUGAUCACAGAAGGCAGGUCGACCUGUGGGUCUAUCGGUCACUAGGCAUUUUUGACAACGAAAUCUAUUCAGUUGUCUAUUAUUUGUUCGUUGUGAUUAAUGAUCGAUCUGGUGGUAGUUGUCAUGGAACAACAAACAGCGUCUCAUCGUCAAACGUCGCUGGCCCAAUUGGAGGCUCUGGCCGAACCGGGUGACAACCCAAUACGAUGGCCAUGUAUGUUAUAAAUCAACAAUAAUUAUUAUUGACGUCACACUACUAUACUGCUGCAGUUAUAACUAAGAGUAUACUUGUAGUACAGUUGAAGCUACAAAUAAAUGAUUGAUUAGUUUUUUUUCUUAUAAUGUAACGAUUACGAUGAAAAGUUGAAUAUUAAGAAUAAUUGGCGUGGUUUGUUAACAAAGAGAGACUUUAUGAUUGAAACCACCUUGAUGUAAUGGCACAAGUGAUCAUGACAACAGCUGAAUUCACACAAAAAAAAAAUAUCAGCUAUAGUAGAUCAACACGACUUAAUCGAAGCAGACUGUCAAUAGAUUGACCUUGCUGUUGGCAAACAUUUUGCUGUGCUUACAGAGUUAGUUGGAACGUUCCUGAGGGCUCUGCGAUACACACACACACACACACACACACACAUACGUAGAAGGGCAGAAACUACCAUAGGCCUGUUCAAAGUCAAUCCAUCAGUAGAGUCUGGCCAUUUUGAAAAAACUUACACAUAAAUGACAUAUGUCCAUAGUUAGCUCCGCUACACAAAAGCGAAUAGCAACAACGACAGCGAGACAAACUAUUCAGCUAUUAUUUGGAAAACUGGUGAUAUUGCUGUGAAGCUUAUUACGAUUAUUAUUAUUAUAGUCAAUCCUUAUGAAUGGGGAAGCGUGAAGUGGACCUGCCCAGGCCAUUCGUGGUGGUUAAGGUCGAAAUUGAAAACUACCAAUGGUUAAUUGCCUAGUUAUCUAGAAGCUGGUCAUAGUUAGGAUACAAAUAAUGGCUGUUUCGUUUGGGUCGGAUGGGCCAUUAUUGCAAUUAAUUACACAAGAGCAUAAACGUCAGCGCGGGCAAGCAAGCAAGCGCUGUUUGCAACAGCAGCUACGGGGGUUUCCAUGGGCUGGUGGAAAUUCAGCUGCGGCGGAAAGCAUCAACAUAAAUGGAGAACGCACCAAAAAUAGAAUCGCUCUUCUUGCUUCACCAAGGAAAGAAAAAAUCUCUCGCUCUAAUCUAGCUGCUACCCUCCGAACCGUUGCACUGCACUACGAGAAAGCCACUCUAAUACUUGUAAAUUUGAACAUAUAUUGCGUAUUGAAAAAUAUUAAUGAAACCAUAACAACUAAGAAUGAUGAUGAUGAUGAUGAUGAUGAAUAAACCUUACCCACGGAUAGGUUGCA